GUAACAAUGAUGGAACAUGUGCCCAGUUUAAUGAACACUGUAUGUAUGAUCUACUGUACAUCACAAUACUACAACACAUCAGAGCGCAUGACAUCUCUUCUUCUUAAAAUCACUAAUCAAAUGAUUAACACAUGCAAGACGUACCUAUGUGAAGGUGUUUCAAAAAUCUGGGAUCUGGACAGGCAAGAAUUGCUAAAGAGGAUACAACAAUGCAUUUCCCUCAAAGAACAGUACCAAACAUCCUUUCAGAGAAUUAGGGAGGCGCUAAAGGAAAAUCCGAGUGAAAGGCAAUUUGAUUUCAGUGAAAACUAUAUAUUUGGAAAAUUUGAUACAUUCUGUAAACGUUUGGAGAAGAUUUCAGACAUGAGCAAUAUUAUGGAAAGCCUUUUAGAGCUCCAGCAUAUAAACAUAGAAGGUAUUGAAGAGAUCAGUACUCAUUACCAGAGCAUUGCUACAAACACCAAAUCCAAACGGUAUGAUGUUCUGGAUCACAGAAAAAAAGAGUUUGAAACAGAUUACCUUGAAUUUAAGAACCAAAUUGCAGCAUUGUACGAGUCCAUACAAGAAUUUGUGGAUUCCUGGUUUGAGAAGACUGUAACUACUGAACAGAUGCUGGGAGUUCUGAUGAAGCUUGAACAAAUAGGAGAAAAUCAUAUUGAUCUUAAUGAAAAGUAUACCAUUGUCCUUCAGCAGUACAGCCAAGACUUAGAGUUUGUUCAAAAACUCUACCAGAAGCAAAAAGAAAAUCCACCUAUACCACGUAAUAUACCACCAGUAACAGGGAAGAUUAUGUGGGCUCAGCAGUUAUACCGAAAAAUUGACCAUCCAAUGACAUUCCUUAAAAAGAAAACCACACUUUUGAAGACACUGGAAAUGAAAAAGGUUAUUAAGAGCUACAAUAAAAUGGCUUCAGUUCUUUUGGAAUUUGAACUUAUUUAUCAUAGAGCCUGGUGCAGGUUUGCUGACCAGGCUCGAAAUGCUCUGUGUGCUUCCUUACUUGUCAGGCACCCAGAAACCAAGGAAUUACUUGUAAACUUGGACUCAGUGGUCCUGGAAGUACUUUAUGAAACAAAAUACCUGAAGAAAAUGCAUUUUGAAGUUCCAGAUGUUGUCCUUGGCUUGUGUGCAGAUGAAGAACAGAUUAAAAGACAUCAAAUGGAACUGCAGAAUCUGUUGAUCAGUUACAAAGAGCGUCUGAAUGGGAUUCCUGUUAUUCUGAAACCACUGAUGAAACCAUUCAUAGGACAAAUUGAGGACGCCCUUACUCCGGGCCUGAUGCACCUGUCAUGGACUUCUUUGAACAUCAAUAAAUUUAUUGAGAAUGUUUAUAGUACCCUGAGGGAGUUGGACUAUGUAGUCAAAGAAGCGGCUGAUAUCCUGGAAUGCAGAAUUGAGAGAAUUCUGGAGGAUAUGUCAAACACUGCUCUGAUAAUUUUGCCAGAAGAUGAACCUAUAGAUGUCCUUUCUUUCCUGGAACAGACAGAAAAGCUUGCUGUCUCUACUGCUCACAAACUGUCUCAACAGAGUCAGCAAGUGGAAUGCUCUGUGUAUGAACUGGUGGAUAAUCUUAAGCACAGGCUGAAAGCAGAUGCUGGAAGAACUCAAGAGGAUCCAUACGCCUGUACACAUCUUGACGUGAAACAGAAAACGCGCUGCCAAGAAUGCCUGUCCUGCAGUUACUAUAAUCUGAUGGGACAGCUUUGUCAGAAGAAUACUGACUCUUUAAUCAGAUGCACGAAGAUUUCUUUAGAGUCCUUAAGACAUCGAUUGCGUGUUGUUGACUCUAGGUAUCAGAUGACCAAGUUUGUAGAGACACAGAGGGUUCCUUUGUUCAAAGCUGAAAUUCAACUGGCUAUUCCAAAUGUUGUCUUGAUACCAAGUCUUGAAGAUAUUCAGAGUGCUGUAAACAAGGUAGUAAAUAUCAUAUUAUCAAUAGCCAAAGAUAUCCCCCUGUGGAAAUUUGCUUACUUACAUCAUAAACAGCAGCAGAUUGAACAAGCUGUUGCUGUAGAGCUAGGUGAUGAGAGCAAACUCACCAGGAUGAUGGCACUGAAACCUUUAGACAAACAGAUCAUCGAGCAUAAGGAUCAAUUAGAAAUGCAAAUCAGAGAACUGCCAAAUCACUGUGUGCUGGAAUCAGUGGAUAUUGCGACCGAGUCGUUGAAAAUAGCCUUAAUUCAGGAAUGCCGCUCAAGACAAAGAACAUUUGGAUUAGCUUUGAAUAAAAAGUCUGCCACAGACAUGGAUGAAAUUUAUUCAUUCAUUGAAAGUGUUAGCAAGAGAUUAAGCAGACCUAUCCAUGACCUUGACGAUGUACGGGGAGCAAUGGAAGUACUAAAGGAAAUUCGAGAGAAUGAGAUUAAAAUUGACAUGACAGUUGGACCUAUAGAAGAAUCUUAUUCUGUGCUUCAUAAAUACAAUCUGCUCUUUCAAGAUGGAAAUACAGAAAGAGUUGAUGGAUUGGCUUAUGCCUGGAAGAACCUAAACACACAGGCACUGCAGGUUGAGGACUUGCUGCUGAAGGUACAGCCAGACAUGAAAACAGAUUUACUGAGUGGUGUUCAAAAAUUCAAGACUGAUACUGCAGAAUUUUACAAAGAUUAUGAUGAAAAGGGCCCCGGUGAGGAGAAUGUUCCUCCCCGUGAAGCAAGUGACAGAUUACAGAUCUUUCAAGCCAAAUUUGAUGAACUAUGGAGGAAGUAUAUCUCUCUUUCUGGUGGGGAAGAAUUAUUUGGUCUUCCUAUCACAGAGUACCCUGAACUGCACAAAAUUAAACGUGAGCUUUCAUUGCUUCAGAAACUUUACAGUCUUUAUAAUUCAGUUACUGCUAGUAUCGAUGGAUACAAUGAAAUGCUUUGGAAUGAUUUAAAUAUUGAAAAAAUUAACAAUGAACUUCUGGAUUUUCAAAACAGAAUCCGUAAGUUACCGAAAGCAUUGAAGGAAUGGCAAGCUUUUCAAGACCUAAAAAAAAAAAUUGAUGACUUCACAGAGAGCUGUCCUUUGCUUGAAAUGAUGGCAAACAAAGCAAUGAUGUCACGACACUGGGAAAGAAUUGCACAAGUAACUGGGCAUCACUUUGAUGUUGACUCUGAAAAUUUCGCUUUGAAAAACAUAAUGGAUGCCUCUUUAUUAAAAUAUAAAGAAGAUAUUGAGGAUAUCUGCAUCGGUGCUGUUAAAGAAAAGGAUAUUGAAGCAAAAUUGAAAUAUGUCAUCAGUGAAUGGAGUACUCAUGCUUUCAGCUUUGGCCAAUUCAAAACUCGUGGAGAACUCCUUCUAAAAGGAUCAGAUAUAUCAGAGAAAAUAGCUUUGGUGGAAGACAGCCUUAUGAUACUGGGGUCGCUCAUGAGCAACAGGUAUAAUGCACCGUUUAAGUCCACUAUACAACAGUGGGUUCAGAAGUUGACCAAUACUGCAGAGAUAAUUGAAAACUGGAUUACUGUACAAAACCUCUGGAUUUACCUUGAAGCUGUGUUUGUUGGUGGAGACAUUGCAAAACAACUACCUCAGGCUCAUUUAUUAAGUUUGUUUGACAAUGUUAACCGAGUGGGAUUUCAUGAAAAAAACUACGACCAGAUAUUAUUGUUUGAAUCUCAAGAAGGAGAACAGGUCAAUAUUAUUGAACCAGUUUUAGCUCAGGGCAGUGUGGAAUUCUGGUUAGGUCAGCUGCUGAAUGGGAUUAGGAAAACAAUCCACACCAUCAUUAGACAAGCAUCAGUGGCCAUUAGCGAUUCAGGAUUUAAGCUGUAUGACUUUCAGGCAAUGUUUCCUGCACAAAUAGGACUUCUGGGAAUUCAAAUGAUCUGGACCAGAGAUGCAGAGAAUGCACUGAACAGUACCAAAACAGACAAAAAGGUAAUGCACACAACAAAUCAGAAGUUUUUGGGACUUUUAAAUGAUUUGAUUGACAUGACAACACACAAUCUGACAAGAAUGGAGCGCACAAAAUAUGAAACUUUAAUCACCAUUCAUGUGCACCAGAAGGAUAUCUUUGAUGAUUUGGUCCGUAUGAACAUUAAAUCUCCAUCUGAUUUUGAGUGGCAAAAACAGUCUCGAUUUUAUUUUCUUGAAGACUUGGAUAAAUGCAUUAUCCAAAUCACUGAUGUAGAGUUCACCUACUGCAAUGAAUACUUAGGGUGUACAGACAGGCUUGUUAUAACUCCCUUAACUGACAGGUGUUACAUCACUCUGGCACAGGCCCUGGGCAUGAGUAUGGGGGGUGCACCAGCAGGACCUGCAGGGACAGGGAAAACAGAGACAACUAAAGACAUGGGCAAAUGCCUGGGAAAGUAUGUUGUUGUUUUCAAUUGUUCAGACCAAAUGGACUACAGAGGACUUGGCCGUAUCUAUAAAG